AAUGAAUAUGAAUAUGAAAGUUUCUGUCUCUGGAUAUUAUUAUGAAUCAGCUGACAAUUAAGUAGAUGCAGAUGGCUUUAAUGAUAAUUCUUCAAAAAAGAGGGAAUCCUAAGAUAAAGAUUAAAAAGGAGAGUUAGAAAGAAUAAAUUGUACUUUCAAGGAGGCACUUUCAAAGUUGUAUGAAAAUUAAAAAUUUGAAAAAGCAGUUUUUAAAGCUGAAGGUGAAUACAAAUAAAUGAUUGAGCAACUUCUUCUAUAAUGUGAAGUGUUGAAUGACUUAAUUAACGGCAGUGUAAUAGGAUCACAAUGUAAUAUAAAAAUCUAUAUAGAAAUUUCAAGACCUGAAGCUAGCAAAUAUCUUAAAGAUUUAUCAGAUGUUUAAAGUCAACUUGUGAUUCUUAAAUAAUAGAUAAAAAGAAAACCUAAAUAGGAUAAAUAGAAGCUUCAAAAUUAGCUUAAUCAAAUAUCUUCUGAGCCACCUUAAUCAGAAAAUAUAGACAUAAACUUAUAAAUUAUUGAUGAAAAAGAAUUGGAUGAAUUUUAAAAGAGGAUUGAAAUGUUAAAUUAAAAAAUCGGAAUAAAUUAAGUUAAAACAAGUAAUAAUGGGGAAACUUUUUUUGUCAGAGGUAGUGAGUUGUUUAGUGGAAACGAUAAAGUGAAUGAAAAAAAAGAUAAGCAUGAUUUUAAUUUAAUAGGAUAAUACACUUAUCCUAUCUAAGAAAGUGAUCCAUAAAACAUAAUUGCUCAUACUUAAUUAUUAAAAAUUUAAGCUAAUCUAUUAAGAAACGACGAAGAGAUGAUUUAGAAAUUGAAUCGAAUUUAAGAAUAAUAAGAAUCACUCAAUAAAACAGAAUAGUAAUAGGAUUUAUCUAAUUAAGUGUCAGUGAUUCAAAAAAAACACGAAUUUACUUUGAAUAGCAUAGAUGAAAUUCCAAAAAUACUGAAUAGAUUGAUUUCAUUAAAGUAAUUGCACUAAUAAACAAUAUUUUUACCAUUAUAACUUGAACAGACUUCAUAAUAAUUAGAUUGGAUGUUACAAAGCUUAGAUGAAGGAUCAGAAAUAAUUUCUAUUUUAGAAAGAUAAAUAAAGUGA